UGAUGUUAUGAUGGCAGAAGAAAUGCCGAUUGUCGAUGCGACAGUGAUGGGUGAUGCUGAUGAAACGCCUGUUGAGUCUGCCGCUCAACCUGACACGACUGCUAAGGAGGUCGACGACGUUGAUGAACCUACGCCCACCGAACCUGUGGCGCACGAUCGCAUCUUCGCAUUGUUUAAAGGCAGACUGCACUACCACUACCCCGCCACUUGGCUUGGAUCGUCUCUUGAUGGCACGAAAUGCAAGGUCAGAUUCGACGAUCAGACUGUGACUAACAUAGAGACCUCCCAGGUUCGCCGGCUUGAGUUGCGUAUUGGCGACACUGUCAAAGUCGACGAGAAGGAGAAGCGGAAAAAGAACUGGGUGAUAGUGGGCUUUGGCCCAAUGGCUACAACCGAUGAGGAACGUGCAUUAGGAACCGAUGUCUUUGGCCAUACUCAUGUGAAAGUGCAGCCCAAGAGUGGCCGCGAGAGUCUUUCCCAGUCAACAUCUUCAACCCCGGCAGAAGCCAGCGAGGUCCACACGGUACUGGUUAACUACCUCUACCUGACGACCACGAUGUGGCCCCAGUACAAUCUGCGCACAUUCGAAGUCCCAAGCAAAGCUUCUGCGCCUCGAGCAGAGACUCCAUCGAGCACUCGCACAGGUACUCCUUCCACCACGAACACACCGCGAUCACGGAGAGCACCUGUUCCAAUUGUUAAAGCGAAGGGUACUCGAACAUCGCAUCUGCGCGAGACCUCUGCCGCUUCCCCUCGGAGCGCGUCGUCGGAAGCCAUGUUCGCUGGCAUGGCUUUUGCGAUCUCGUUCUUGGAAGCAGACGAGGAGAAGCAGGCGGUCACUAAACUCAUCCAGCGCAAUGGCGGCAUAAUCCUGGAAGACGGCUUUGAGGAGUUGUUCGACCUGCCCGAUAUCAGUGGCUCAUCCGACCCCAUCUCUCCGUCAAAAGGAUCCCCACGCCAAAAGGACGUUACCCGACUAGUCUCGAAACUCCAGCUCAACUCCAAAUACAAAGAGCUGCGAUUCGCGGCUCUCAUUGCAAAUGUUCAUACUCGGAGGGCAAAAUACAUGCAGGCACUGGCGUUGGGUCUGCCCACGAUAUCUGGACGAUGGAUCGUGCACUCUCUGGACGAGUCCAAGAAUCCCAGCAAGGACGAUACCGGACCGUUGCCCUGGGGUCGUUAUCUCCUACCAGCUGGUCACAGCACGUUCCUGAACGCCAUACGCUCGCGCACUCUGGCAACAUAUGACGCGGCCACCGCUUCUCUGGAACAGAUCGUGGAGAGUCGUGCUCGUUUACUCAAUGACGAAGGACUUGUUCUGGUAGCUCCGAAGACUGCAGCUGACGACUGGAAGAGAAGAAAGACUUAUGCGUUCCUGACCAUGGCGUGUGGUGCUGGGACGGUCAAGCGUGUUGGCGAUGUUCAAGAAGCGAAGAAGCUUACACUGGACAAUGCUGAGACAUGGAAGUGGGUGUACAUUGAUUCAUCUGUUGCCGAUGCCGAGAAAGUAUUGUUUGGCAAGGAUACGACCACUACAGCUGGCAAGAAAAGGAAGAGGGGCAGCGAGGCGACAAUUGCUGUGGGUGACGAAAAGAUGUCUGCUACGGAUGGGGUGGUGAAGAUUGUGAACGAUGAGUUUGUCGUUCAGAGUCUGAUCCUCGGGGCACUUGUCGAGUGAGAAUCUCCGAUAGAGAUUGUUGUCUGGUGCAGGAGGAUUGGUUAAUGUACCAACGAUUAAUAUGUGGGCCGUAUAGAAUGGCUAGAGCUCUAUAAAGUUUGCUCAAGAUACCCUGCAAUGCAAUUGUAUCUCCUACGGUACCAUUAUACACAUGCUCGCUGAGAUACUGCGGUUGACCUCCCUUUUAUAUCUUCACCAAAUUGAGCUGGUCGAGCCACAGCAGCUGAUUCUCGAAUCAUCUCGUUUGACGGCCUUGUUUCUCGAAUAUCAGGCGGGCCUCGUUCGCCGUUUUGAUCUGUUACCAGCAGCCAUUCGGAUGCCACCUGCACGUACUCGUGGAGCUUCGGUGGCGAGCGCUCUCAACUAUACAACAAUGGGCGAUUUCGACCGUACGUUGGUCCACUUUCGUUUCCGCGCCUGAUGCCUGCACCAUUGGCCAGGCAUGUCUCCUGCAACGCAUUGUUACUCCCAAUAGCCAACACUUGUUUGGUUCAUCGGCAUCUAGACGUUCUCCCGUCCUCCACGACUUCGAAGAGUCUGGUAGGAUGAUAGUAUGCUCAUCUCAAACCCAGCGGGGCCAGAACCCUCUCUCUCGCCACUCUGCCAGCAAUAUCUCCACCCCUCUGCAGCGCCACAGCGCCAAUGAUGGCAUAAAUGGCCUCAGCCAUGACAGCGUCCAUCCCGGACGACUUCAUGUCUUCCGAGUUCUUCGGUUUCCAUCUCACCACUUUGUCCAAUCCAUACUCCGAGGCCAGUGCAGAUAAUCUCGAUUUGUGAAGAGCCGAGGCUUUGUUCGCCAAUGUAAUAUUCUCCAGGUUUUGCAGUGAGGGGUGCUGGUACACUUCGGCCGCGGGCAUCUCGAGAGGUGACUGUUGGGGUUGCGAGAGGAGGGCCAAGGAGGUUUGCAGGUCGAGAAUACGCUUUCCGAGGUAGGCGAGGCGCGAGUUGAAGCCCUGAGCACCGUGCUCGUGGGAUUUGUGGGUGGUCGCUAACCACUUUGUCUGCUCGUCGAGAAGAUCUCUCCCACGUAAUCUGUUCCCUCCGACUCGGCCCAGGAAAUUAUCGUAAGCUGCAUUGAGCUUUUCGGGGUCAUUGUUGACGCGCCAUGUGGCAGACUGAUGGCUACGUGGGCGGAGACGAAUAGGCUGACGUAGCCUUUGGGGCGUCUUCAUCCAUCGCGGGAUUGAGGCCGAGGCGUCUUCGGGCACGCUGUCGUUGAAACGGCGUGGUGUUGUCAAGGAGAAUUGGCGGGUCGUUUGGGAUAUGGUUGCACCUCGGGCAGCGCGCGCACAGCUCGAGCAGACAAAGGGGACG